AUGGAGGGUGCAACCCAUCCCUCGUCCUCCCGGAGAGGGUCGAUUGACAUCAAGUUUGAAACCGAGAGUGCGGCCACGGUCAUGGGCGAUGAGACUCCUCGCAAAGACAACAGCCCCGACCCCAGUCAACACAACGACUGGAGCUUGCUAUCUCGCGUCCAGGAACAGCAUGAGCGAGACUUGGCCUCGGGCUUCAAGCGACAGGAACUGGGCGUCACUUGGCAAAAUCUCACAGUCGAUGUCAUCAGCUCAGAAGCUGCCGUCAAUGAAAACGUGUUCUCACAGUUCAAUAUUCCCCAGCACAUCAAGGAGUCGCGCAACAAGCCCCCGCUUCGUACGAUUCUGAACAACAGCCAUGGUUGCGUCAAGCCGGGCGAGAUGCUCCUCGUCCUAGGUCGUCCAGGCUCAGGUUGUACAACUCUCUUGAAGUUGCUUUCAAACCGCCGCGCAGGUUACAAGUCAGUCGCGGGAGAUGUGCGAUUCGGCUCGCUGACUUCCGAUGAGGCCCGCAAGUACCGUGGUCAGAUUGUGAUGAACACAGAGGAAGAAUUAUUCUUCCCCACCUUGACGGUCGGUCAGACGAUGGACUUUGCGACUCGCCUCAAGGUUCCCUUCAAGCUUCCGAAUGGCGUUGAAUCCGCCGAAGCCUAUCGUCAAGAAACCAAGAAGUUUUUACUUGAGUCAAUGAACAUCUCUCACACGGAGGACACGAAGGUCGGUAACGAAUACGUUCGUGGUGUUUCCGGUGGUGAGCGUAAGCGUGUCUCUAUCAUCGAAUGUCUUGCCACUCGAGGAUCUGUUUUCUGUUGGGAUAACUCCACUCGAGGACUGGAUGCGAGCACUGCCUUGGAAUGGACCAAGGCAAUUCGCGCCAUGACGGAUACCCUCGGUCUCUCGACCAUUGUUACCCUCUACCAAGCUGGCAAUGGAAUUUACGACCUCUUUGACAAGGUCCUCGUUCUCGACGAGGGCGAGCAGAUCUAUUACGGUCCUCGGGCUCAGGCUCGGCCUUUCAUGGAGGAGGCUGGCUUUGUCUGCCGUGAAGGAUCUAACGUUGCGGAUUUCCUCACUGGUAUUACCGUGCCCACGGAACGCCGGAUUCGCGACGGCUAUGAGAACCGCUUCCCCCGCAACAAGGAAGCUCUGCGAGAGGUGUACGACAAAUCCGCCAUCCAUGACCAGAUGAUCGCCGAGUACGACUACCCGAAUACCGAAGAAGCCCGCGAGCGGACCCAGGACUUCAAAGACGGUGUCGCCUUUGAGACGAACAAGCAGCUCCCGAAGAACAGCCCUUUGACCGUCAGCUUUACCGAGCAGGUCAAAGCUUGUGUGUCUCGGCAAUACCAGAUUAUCUGGGGAGACAAAGCCACUUUCAUCAUCAAGCAAGUCGCUACCUUGGCGCAGGCCUUGAUUGCCGGAUCCCUGUUCUAUAGUGCCCCUGACAACUCAGGUGGUCUGUUUGUCAAGUCCGGUGCUCUCUUUUUCUCAUUGCUGUACAACAGUCUACUAGCCAUGUCUGAGGUCACCGACUCGUUCCACGGUCGCCCUGUCUUGAUUAAGCACAAGAGCUUUGCUUACUUCCAUCCCGCGGCUUUCUGCCUUGCGCAAAUUGCCGCUGAUAUCCCUGUGUUGUUGUUCCAGAUCAGCAUGUUUUCCCUGGUCGUCUACUUCAUGGUUGGCCUUACGAUGUCGGCUGGAGCAUUCUUCACAUACUGGAUCCUUGUCUUUGCGACCACAAUGUGUAUGACUGCCCUAUUCCGCGCCAUUGGAGCUCUUUUCUCCACCUUCGAUGGAGCUUCGAAGGUUUCUGGAUUCCUUAUCUCCGCACUGAUCAUGUACACCGGUUACAUGAUUCAAAAGCCGCAGAUGCAUCCCUGGCUGGGCUGGAUUUUCUGGAUCGACCCCCUAUCUUAUGGCUUUGAGGCUCUUCUCUCCAACGAGUUUCACGAAAAGACAAUUCCUUGUGUGGGUACCAACCUCAUCCCAUCAGGCCCAGGCUAUAAUGAUCCCGCCCACCAGUCUUGCGCUGGUGUCGGCGGUGCCAUUCAGGGAAAUACCUACGUCACUGGUGAUCAGUUCCUGGCCUCGCUCUCCUACAGCCACUCCCACCUGUGGCGCAACUUUGGCAUCAACUGGGCGUGGUGGGUGCUCUUCGUAGUUGUCACAAUUAUCGCUACUUCCAGAUGGCAAUCCCCCGGCGAGAGCGGAAGCUGUCUCGUCAUUCCCCGUGAGCGACUCGAGAAGCACCGCCAGGUUGCCAAGCCCGAUGAGGAGUCUCAGAUUCAGGAAAAGUCCAAGAGCCUGUCCGAUUCUGGUAACGCCGAUGAAAACAAUAUUGACCAACAGCUGGUUCGCAAUACAUCGGUCUUCACCUGGAAGAACUUGAAGUACACCGUGAAGACUCCCAGUGGCGAUCGGGUUUUGCUUGACAAUGUUUUUGGCUGGGUGAAGCCGGGUAUGCUGGGCGCCUUGAUGGGCUCGUCCGGUGCUGGAAAGACCACUCUGCUCGAUGUUCUGGCGCAACGCAAGACUGACGGUGUCAUUAAUGGUUCUAUUCUGGUUGAUGGCCGUGAGCUCCCCGUUUCGUUCCAGCGCUCUGCUGGAUACUGUGAACAGCUUGAUGUUCUUGAGCCUUUCGCUACCGUUCGUGAGUCUUUGGAGUUCUCGGCUCUGCUCCGCCAAGCUCGCGAUGUUCCUCGCGAGAAGAAGUUGAAGUACGUGGACACUAUCAUCGAUCUUUUGGAGCUUCACGAUCUGGCCGACACUUUGAUCGGCUAUGUUGGUGCUGGUUUGAGUGUUGAGCAGCGUAAGCGUGUCACCAUCGGUGUCGAGCUUGUGUCUAAGCCUAGCAUUCUGAUUUUCCUGGACGAACCCACUUCCGGCCUUGAUGGGCAGUCUGCUUACAACACGGUGCGCUUCUUGCGAAAACUAGCCGACGUUGGUCAGGCUGUACUGGUUACCAUCCACCAGCCCUCCGCUCAGCUGUUUGCUGAAUUCGAUACUCUAUUGUUGCUCACAAAGGGUGGCAAGACCGUCUACUUCGGUGACAUCGGUGAUAACGGUCAGACUGUCAAGAGCUACUUUGACCGCUACGGCGCCCCCUGCCCCAGCAACACCAAUCCUGCGGAGCAUAUGAUUGACGUCGUCUCUGGACAUCUUAGCCAGGGCAAAGACUGGAACCAGGUCUGGCUUGAGUCUCCCGAGCACUCUCGGGCACUCCAGGAACUCGAUGAAAUUGUUAGCACUGCGGCGUCCAAGCCUCCUGGCACCUUUGACGACGGCCGCGAAUUCGCUACUUCUAUCGUGGAGCAGACCAAGCUUGUGACCCUUCGCAUGAGCACCGCUCUCUUCCGUAACACUGACUACAUCAACAACAAGUUCGCUCUUCACAUUGGAUCCGCUCUCUUCAAUGGUUUCUCCUUCUGGAUGAUCGGGGAUAGCGUUGGUGCCAUGCAACUGCGCCUUUUCACUAUCUUUAACUUCAUCUUCGUCGCCCCUGGUGUCAUCAACCAGCUGCAACCCUUGUUCCUGGAGCGUCGUGCUAUUUACGAACAGCGUGAGAAGAAGUCCAAGAUGUACUCUUGGUGGGCGUUCGUGACUGCCCUCGUUGUGUCCGAGAUCCCAUACCUUUGUAUUUGCGCCGUCUUGUACUUUGUUUGCUGGUACUGGACCAUUGGUGGAGUCACCACUGCUGACAAGUCCGGCCCGGUCUUCUUCAUGAUGCUCCUCUACGAGUUCGUUUACACUGGUAUUGGUCAGUUCGUUGCAGCCUACGCCCCCAACGCCACCUUUGCCGCUCUGGUCAAUCCCUUGAUCAUCGGUACACUCGUCUCUUUUUGUGGUGUCCUGGUUCCCUAUGCCCAGAUCCAAGAAUUUUGGAGGUACUGGAUCUAUUGGAUGAACCCUUUCAACUAUCUCAUGGGUGGUCUCCUGGUUUUCAAUGUCUGGGACACUGACGUGAACUGCAAGGAAGAUGAAUUCGCCAUCUUCGACCCUGCCAACGGAACCACCUGCGGAGACUACCUAAAGUCUUACAUGGAGACCAUCGGUUCGCGCAUGAACCUGGUCAACCCCCUCGCGACCGAGUCCUGCAAGGUUUGCGAGUACACUCAUGGAAGCGAUUACCUCUACACCCUCAAUCUGAAGGAAUACUACUACGGCUGGCGUGAUAUUGGCAUCGUUGCCAUUUUCGCUCUGAGCUCGUAUGCUUUGGUCUACCUGUUGAUGAAGCUGCGGACCAAGGCCUCCAAGAAGGCUGAGUGA